GCAAAGGAAGACUGUAUGGCGGCUUUAUCCCAUUUCCUGCAUCGAUGAAGGAGCGAACUGGUUGCAGAUACCGCGAGUCCGCAGUCAUGGCUGCACCGACGUCUGUGAGGGCCAGCAAAACGAGUCACCACGAUUUGGGUCACCGGCGCAAGAGGGAACCCGCAGGAGCCCUGGCAACGGCGUAUCUGGUCAUAUACAAUGUAGUGAUGACAGCUGGGUGGCUGGUCAUCGCUGUAGGGCUGGUGCGUGCAUAUCUCGCCAAAGGCAGUUUCCAUGGCUUGUACUACUCCAUAGAAAAGCCUCUGAAAUUCUUCCAGACUGGAGCCAUUAUGGAGAUAAUGCACUGUGCCAUUGGCAUUGUGCCCUCCUCCGUGGUCCUGACGGGGUUCCAGGUGAUGUCUCGUGUGUUCCUUACCUGGGCUGUGACACAUAGCGUAAGAGAGAUUCAGAAUGAGGACAGUGUUCUCCUCUUUGUGGUCGCCUGGACCAUAACCGAGAUCGUUCGUUACUCCUUCUACACGUUCACCCUGCUCAACCACCUGCCGUACCUCAUCAAGUGGGCCAGGUACACCCUCUUCAUUGUGCUGUACCCCAUGGGCGUGUCGGGGGAGCUGCUGACCAUCCAUGCAGCCCUCCCCUACGUUAAGAAGACUGGCCUCUACUCCGUCACACUUCCCAACAAAUACAACUUCUCCUUCAGCUACCAUACCUUCCUCAUCAUCACCAUGGUUGCGUACAUCCCCCUCUUUCCCCAGCUCUACUUUCACAUGCUGUGGCAGAGGCGAAAGGUUCUGGGCCGCGUGGAGGACCACAACAAAACGGAAUGAAAACACAGGUCACACAGCCCCUAUCCUGCCUGUCUGCUCAUGGAAAACACCCUGAGCUGAACUGGGAAUAGGCUGAUACGGCGUGGUGAUUCACAAGACUGCUGCGUGGAAUUCUGCCUUUUGUAAAAAAAAACAUUUUCAUUUUCAUGCAAGAUGGUGUUCCCUCUGUAUCACAAUGCUUUGCGAAAAACAUCUA